UGUCCCGCCCCGACGUUUACAAACUGUGCACUCAAAUCAGGGACACUGCAGCGACUAUGACCCGCUUUUAAGAUGCAGUGAGGAAGAGGAGAAAGAAGGGGGCAUCAGUGCAGAUAGAAAAGAGAGAGAGAGGGAGUCAGUCCCACCGUGUUCUGUUGGUAAGGAGAAGCUGGGGUUCAGUCUGGCUGCAUCACAGGAGACACAGAGCCCGCAUACCCGAAGCUGCCUGUCGCAGGUUAAAAGCAAUGAAGACGGUCCCGUGAAGUUCCCAUUGAAUCCAUACGGGAUUAAUGGACCUCUACUAUGUCCCAAAGGAGAUGAUUGUACACCCAUCACUUGUUGUACAAUGACAAGCAUGAUUUACCUGACUGUAAUAAGCACUUUCUACUUACCCAUUUUACUCUUUGAGGCAUUCGUCUUGUCCAAAGGCAAGUAUGAGAGGUCAGUUGUCCCAAGCUCUGCCUCCCGCCUGGUGGCACGAAUGGAUGGGGAUGUAAUAAUAGGUGCCCUGUUUUCCGUACACCACCAGCCGUCAGCGGAGAAGGUUGCUGAGAGGAAAUGCGGAGAAGUCCGUGAGCAGUAUGGCAUCCAGAGAGUGGAGGCCAUGUUCCACACCCUGGAUCGAAUAAACUCGGACCCCAACCUGCUACCCAACAUCACCCUUGGCUGUGAGAUCAGGGACUCCUGCUGGCAUUCCUCUGUGGCCCUGGAGCAGAGCAUUGAGUUCAUACGGGACUCUCUCAUCUCCAUCCGAGAUGAUACGGAGGGCUCCAAGUGGUGCAUUGAAGGGUCACCCUCCAGCCAGCCGCCUCCUACCAAGAAACCCAUUGCAGGAGUCAUCGGUCCUGGCUCAAGCUCAGUUGCAAUUCAAGUCCAGAACCUUCUGCAGCUGUUCAACAUCCCGCAGAUUGCCUAUUCUGCAACAAGCAUUGACCUCAGUGAUAAGACGUUGUUCAAGUACUUCCUCAGAGUUGUGCCCUCGGACACUCUCCAAGCCAGAGCCCUGUUGGACAUUGUCAAACAGUACAAUUGGACCUAUGUGUCAGCAGUACACACAGAGGGUAACUACGGCGAGAGCGGGAUGGAAGCGUUCAAGGAGCUCGCCUCGCAGGAAGGCCUCUGCAUCGCACAUUCUGACAAGAUCUACAGCAACGCCGGCGAGAAGCACUUCGACCGGCUGCUCAGGAAGCUGCGGGAGCGUCUUCCCAAAGCCAGGGUUGUUGUCUGCUUCUGUGAAGGCAUGACAGUCCGCGGGCUGCUCAUGGCUAUGAGGCGCCUCGGAGUGGCGGGAGAGUUCCUCCUAAUUGGCAGUGACGGCUGGGCGGACCGCGUGGAGGUGGUGGAGGGAUACGAACACGAGGCUGUUGGCGGCAUCACCGUGAAGCUACACUCCGAAGAGGUCUCCUCCUUCGACAAUUACUUCCUGAAGCUCAAGCUCAGCACGAACACGCGCAACCCGUGGUUCCCGGAGUUCUGGCAGCACCGCUUUCAGUGCCGCCUUCCCGGACACCCGCAGGAGAACCUGAACUACGCACGCAAUUGCUCAGAGGAUGAUGAUCUAGAACUCCAAGAUGGUUACGAAAGUCUUGAAGACAACUAUGUUCAAGACAGCAAGAUGGGCUUUGUCAUCAAUGCCAUCUACGCCAUGGCACACGGUCUGCAUGACAUGCACUCUCACCUCUGUCCCGGCCAUGUGGGACUGUGUGAUGACAUGAAGCCCAUCGAUGGAAGCCAUUUGCUGGAGUUUCUACUCAAGUCGUCCUUCACAGGAGUGUCUGGGGAGGACAUAUGGUUUGAUGAGAAUGGAGACUCGCCUGGAAGGUAUGAGAUUAUGAACUUCCAGCAUGUGGAGCCUGGUGUUUAUGACUACAUCAACAUCGGCUCGUGGCACGAGGGCUUGCUGAGCCUCGACGAUGAAAUGAUCCAGAUGAACAGCAGUGACAUGGUCCGCUCCGUCUGCAGCGAGCCCUGCUCCAAAGGAGAAAUCAAGGUCAUAAGAAAGGGGGAGGUGAGCUGCUGCUGGAUAUGCACUGCCUGCAAGGACAAUGAAUAUGUGCAGGACGAGUUCACAUGCAAGGCCUGUGAGCUGGGCUGGUGGCCUGACGAAGAACUGGAGGGUUGCGAACCAAUUCCCCUGCACUACCUGGAGUGGAGCAAUCCAGAGUCCAUCAUCCAGGUUGUCUUCUCCUGCCUGGGCAUCCUGGUUACGUCAUUUGUUGCCUUUGUCUUCGUCCUGUACCGUGACACGCCUGUGGUGAAGUCAUCCAGCCGUGAGCUCUGCUACAUUAUCCUUGCGGGGAUCUUCCUGGGAUACCUGUGCCCUUUCACCCUCAUAGCGCGACCCACAGUGGUGUCCUGCUACCUUCAGAGACUUCUUGUCGGACUCUCGGCCGCCAUGUGCUACUCCGCACUCGUGACCAAAACCAAUCGCAUCGCUCGCAUCCUGGCGGGCAGCAAGAAGAAGAUCUGCACCAGGAAGCCGAGGUUCAUGAGCGCGUGGGCUCAGGUGGUCAUCGCCUCAAUACUUAUCAGUCUUCAGUUGACAGUGGAAGUUACGCUUAUCAUCAUGGAGCCUCCCGAACCGAUCAAAUCCUACCCCAGCAUCAGAGAAGUCUUUCUGAUCUGCAACACCAGCAACCUCGGCGUUGUGGCGCCACUGGGCUACAACGGUUUGCUCAUCAUGAGCUGCACCUACUAUGCCUUCAAAACCCGCAACGUUCCUGCCAAUUUUAACGAAGCCAAGUACAUCGCCUUCACCAUGUACACCACGUGCAUCAUCUGGCUCGCCUUUGUGCCAAUCUACUUCGGCAGCAACUACAAGAUCAUCACCACUUCGUUCUCCGUGAGCCUCAGUGUGACCGUGGCUUUGGGGUGCAUGUUCACGCCAAAGAUGUACAUCAUCAUCGCGAAGCCGGAGCGGAACGUGCGCAGCGCGUUCACCACGUCCGACGCCGUGCGCAUGCAUGUCGGCGACGGCAAGAUUGCCUGCCGAAGCAACAGCCUCCUCAACAUGUUCAAGAGGAAGAAGAACACCGGGAACGGCAGUUCUAAUGGAAAGUCUGUGUCAUGGUCUGAACCAGGUGCAAGACAUCCUCCCAAAGGGGAUCAUAUGUGGCACAGACUGUCAGUGCAUGUGAAGAGACAGGAAGCAGGUUCCAAUCAGAUGGCUGUCAUCAAACCCUUAACUAAUACCUACCAAAACACUGCAGGGGAGUUCUCAGACCUCAGCACUAAGACGUUGUACAAUGUGGCUGAGGAGGAUGAAAAUGACCCGCUCACUUACAGCUCCCCCGCCACUCCUCCCAUGAUGGCCCAUGGACAGAUGCCAGCCUGUGACAUGACAAAAGAGGCAGCCGGGGACGUGGAGCUCUAUUCCCUGGAGCGUCUCCAGCAAAAUAGCGUUAUCCCUCAACACUGCGUCACGGACCGCCGGCAGGAGGAGAUUGUUCUGAAUAAGUUCAGCACUGACACCCAUGAGCUAGCUGACGACUUGUGCCUGCCUCCGGCUGUUUCAGGCAUGCCGGUGUACCACCAGGCUCACCUCAUCCAGCAGGAACCCAUCCUGCCUGUCCAUCUUGACCCAUUUGAUGAGGAGCCCGUCUCCCCUUUAGAGGAGGAGGAGGAAAUGGAGAGCGAGCAGUUUGGCCUCCUACAGGGCUACAUAUAUAACAACACCCAGAUUCACGACGACGAGGAGGAGGAGGACAUGAUUGAGGUCAAAUUAGCAAUGGAGGACUCCGUCGCCCUGAUGCCUCCGUCCCCUUUCCGGGAUCGCUCCGGUACCCCAAUAAGCCCGUUUCCCAACUCACCAGUGUCAGAGUCCGUCUUGUGCACACCUCCAAAUGUGACGUAUGCCUCUGUCAUUCUUGGAGACUACAAGCAGAGCGCUUCGACUCUGUGAUUUGAUGCCCUAAACGUUAAAGGUGCAGUAUGUAACUUAAAUUUUUUUUAAAUGUCUUUUGUACCUAUUUGUUAAAACCGUCACCAUGACGUACCAGUGUGGUUUGAGACAAUUUGUGAAAAGAUCGAUCUCCUCCAACUCCUCCAUGAGCUACUAUUGUCAUCUGAAGAAAUGCACCACUCCCAAUCAAAAACAACCAAUCAGAGCCAGGAGCCAGAGCCAGGUCUUAGCGCUGCCAUUCAUCCUUGUGUACACGCUGCUAGAUGUGCUAAUGGAGGAGAAACAACUCACCGUUACAGGAAAACCAUUUAUCACAGUCAUCAGUAGCCAUACUAACUAGCAUUCAUGACAGACUGUGCUUGAGGUACCAUAGCAGAGAGCAAGAAGGGGGUGAUAAAUGGGAGAAUGAGCAGUGCUACACAGAGGGGUGAUUGACAACGGUAAGACCCUCUUCCUGGCUCUGAUUGGUUGUUUCUAGAUAGCACUGGGAGAAGGCAGAGGAGCUUGAUCUUUUUCUCUUUUUUUUUCACAGAUUAUCUGUCUCAAACAGAAUUGUCACGACAUAGUGUCAGUUUCAACAAAUAUGUAAAAAAUAUUUUUUAUGAAAGUUACAUACUGUAGUUUUAAGAGUUCUGCUACAUGUUCAAGUUUACAUCGACAUGCGCUGUAUGUGAUAAUAUAUAAGGAAAAAGUCACUCUGGUCGUUUUCACUCGAUAGCUUUUACUUAAGUUCCUACAUUUUAUAAAAAUUAAAUACGCUGUAUGCAGUAGUGAAAGAUCUUGCAAACAUGCUGUAUAUUUCUGAUGUAAUAUUUUACAUUUAAGUAGAUUCUGCCUUUACUUGACAAUUGAAUAAGAUUGCCAAUGGAUACAUGUACAUUUAUUUAUUUGAAAACAGAUUUUUAACCAGUCUAACAAUAGUUUCAGUAUAAGACUAUUCACUUUGACAGUAUGCUAAGGAAAAUGUGUCUUGUGUUUACACAUUGUAACUGCUGUCUUUCAUCAGAAAAGAGGAGGAUAUAAGCAACCGUUGGGUUUUAGAUCGUCUAAUUUAUGUUAUUGUAGAAUUAGGUGAGAUUAAGAAAAAGCUGCUCGUAGAAGUUUAAGCUGAAGAACAGUGCAGCCAGGAUACACAAGUUCUACAUUAGCUUAGCAUAAAACCAGACGUAUAAAAGUUUCUUCACCAAAAUGGCCACAAUCUGUGUCUCCAAUCAACUCCCAUUUCAGACUUUGUUUCCUACUAAACACUUUCCUCAAGUUUUUCUGACUUCAUUACCAAAAUGCACUCUCUCUCACUUGUGAGCAGGGAUUUGUUUAUAAAAUCUCUCUAAUUACUUAACAGUGGUUAAGUUUCAUCAACUCAUACAUUCAUUUUGCACCCACAUAUUGUUAUUUUCUUCCCUUGUAUACUCCGGCUGUUGCGUAUCAGUUCAGUUUUUUUUCCUAAUUUUCAUUAUAGUCGUAAAAUGGUCUCAUAUAAUUUAAUAAUCUACAUUAUUUUCUAAAGAUUCUAAAUUCUCUUCUAUAUUUAUGUAUGUCAUUUGUGAUCUAUUUGGACCAGCUGAUUCCAUUGAAUUAUGUCAGAGUAUGUCCCUGAUCAAUCCAACAACUAUGGGUGACCUAUUGUGGGAAGACAUGAAAUAAUGGAGUCUUAAAACCACAUUUCCUUACAGUAGGCUAUAUUUAAAAGAUAGGAAAACAUAUUGACUUUGACAUUUGUGUCAAAGUGCCCACAAAUGUCUACUUUUCGUAGGUAGAAUUGUCAAAAUACCUGUACACAACGCUCCAUGGCAUAUAGCUCCACUUGGUAUUCAAAAAAAUCAAUUACAAAAUUACUACACGAAAGGGCAAAAAACACACAAUGUCUGAGCAGAACACAACAGCUAUGGCAUCUGCAAGAAAGGUUGGUUGUUGUCAACUGAAUAUUGAAAAUGAAUGUACAGUGCUGAGAAACCCUAAAACCAGGUCUUGAACCCGCAGAGCAGGCCCAGAGCUUUACACUGCCACCACCGUGUUUCACUGCUGGAAUCAUGUCGUUUUUCUGUAGUGACAUGUUAAUUUUGCUCCGGAUGUAAUGGGACACUUUCCACAAAGCUCUACUGGUGUCUCAACAGUCGACAGAAUAAUUUCCCAUAUGUCUUCUUGGGGAUCACUGAGAGGUUGUUUGGGAAACAUGAGACAGGGCCAUGUGGUCAUUUUGGUCCUGGUCUUAGAACUCUGCCAUGGAUGCCAUUUUUGUUUAGGCUCUGUCCCAUGAAAACUGAUCUCGGCUUCUUGGCUCUUUUGUGACCUGUGUGUUCUUGGACCCAGUCCUGGGAAGAUUCAACGAUGUUCCGUUUUGUCCACUUGUGGAUAAUGGCUUUCAUUUUCUUUGUCUGGGCUCCCAAUGUCUUUUAAAUUGCUUUGUAGCCUUUUCCAGACUGCUAGGUGUCAAUGACAUUGAUUUCCCAUCUGUUCUUGAAGUUUUAAGAUUACGCCAUCAGUGUUUAGCAUGCUGAAGUCUUUCAGCGUACUUCAGUCAAGUUCUAUGGUGAUUUCUUGAGUCUAACGGUUUGGCAUUAUGAUCCCUAUAUUUUGCUAGAGAAACUGAUGCUGGAAAUGUGGUUAAUAAUAGCUACUUCAUGAUGCGAGCAGUUGUUGUUUUUUUUUUUUUACAUCAGCCCAGGUGUGUUUAGAUGGAUUUUUAUCUUUAAUAAAGGAAAUUAAGCUCCUGUUUGUUUUGUUUGUCAGAUAUUGAAUUUGUUUGAUCUAACAUUUAAGUAAAAAGAUUAGAAAUCUGUGGGGCAGCAAAUUAUUUUUCACAGCACUGUAUUUGCAUAAAAAAGUAACACUGAUCUUAUAGUUUUCAGUUGCAUUGAUUGUAUUUUAUUGCAUUACUUAUCACAUAACAUUGAUGUGUAACUUCUGUUUUGUUUGAUCACAGCCUGACCUUUAUUUAUUUAGCUAAAUGUGACAAGGCACAAACUAACAUUUUUAACACUUGGACAUUUUAAUUAGAGAACAUUUGAAAAAGUAUGUGGAUUUUUUUGUAACCUUUGAGCGAGGUCUGAUUUAGUCCAGUUUUAUGCUAAGCUAAGAGAUGCUAAGCUAGCUAGUGGAUGUUAUUCCUUCUUUAGCCUGCACAAAGGUAUAUUUUGUCAUGUAAAAUUAACCCGAAAGGUCAAACUAUUGCUAAAGUGACCUUUUUACUUAAUUUAUUUCUUUUGAAAAAUUUAUAUUUAUUUAUCUGUCUCACAAGACUGUAUCAUGAAUGUAGCAGAGGACAACUUCAAGUGCCACAUUUUCAUUAAAACGUCUUUUAUACGUUCGACACAUUUCUAUGGUCUUGAAAUACAUGUAAAUCAAGUGAAAAAUUUGUAUCUUUUAUAAUAGUACGUCUUAUGUCAGAGCUAGGUAUGACUAUAAGUUAUUUGACGUACAUUUGUUUUGUGAAUGUAUGAAUUGUGUAUCAUAUUUUGGUAUUCAGAUUGUAUCUAUAUAUGUAACAGUAUUACAGUAGACAGACGACUAUAGCUGUAAGACUUUCUGGUUUUUAUCCGUUUCUUGAAUAUUUAGAUUCUGAAAGUCUAUCUCUGUUAUAUAAUAAGAGAAGUGCUUCUGUUACCAUUAGUAACCAAGCUAUUUUCAGAUCAUGCAGUAUAAAGUCCACAGUUACACUGUAUUUACUGUCUCCAAUCAUUUGAAUUAUACUUGUCAAAAUGGAGUGAAUUAAAACUUUUUAUGCUU